UUAUCGAUAAAAAACCUUUGAUUUAUCAGGAGGAGAUGUUGUGUUGAAGCGAGAAGCAGAGAUGUUCAUACAGAAGGUGCUGCAAGGAAGGACAGGUGUACAAAGCUUGUAUGGGAUGACUGAAACUGGAAUCUUGACGACAUGGAGGAACCGAAAUCUCUUGGAUUUGAGCAAGAUUAAUUCAACAGGAUACCUAGCACCAGGAGUUGAAAUAAAAAUUAUGAAUGAUGAAGGUGUAGAAGUACUUACCGAAAGUUUGGGAGAGCUCUGGGUCAAGUCUAUCGCGAUGAUGUCUGGGUAUUGGAACCAACCAGAACUGACUAAGCAGCUAUUUGAUAAUGAUGGGUUUUUCCAAACUGGAGAUGCUGGCUGUUUUGACAAAGAUGGCUUCCUCUAUAUUAAAGGGCGAGUAAAGGAUUUGAUUGAUUUCAAAGGAUCUAAGGUUAGUAACACUUCCUCGUUUUUCUUUUUUGUAAAAUUUCAGUUAUCAGCUACUACAGUUACCGUAUCUACAAGUAUUGCUUCCACCUAUAAGUUUAAAAAGGCUUAUGUUUCCAGGAGGUUUAGAUGCCAUGAGGAGGGACAGCACAGGCUAUAUCCCAGUCAUAUCACCUUGGAAAAAGAGGAGGCCAGCUCUAUUCCAGCCUCUCUAGAAAAGGCGGGCAGGGAACAACACUGUCUCAUGUACAGGCUAGAAACAACAGAACACAAAGGGAGCUCCAUCAGCCAUCCUCU